AUGUCCAGGCUCAAGGCGCAGGGCAAAACGGCGUUCAUCCCGUACAUCACCGCCGGCGACCCCGACCUAGCCACGACGGCGGAGGCGCUGCGGCUCCUUGACGCCUGCGGCGCCGACGUCAUCGAGGUCGGCAUGCCCUUCUCCGACCCCGACGCCGACGGGCCCGUCAUCCAGGCCUCGGCGGCGCGGGCGCUGGCGAGCGGCACGACGACGGAUGGCGUGCUGGCGAUGCUCAAGGAGGUGACGCCGGAGCUGUCGUGCCCGGUGGUGCUCUUCUCCUACUUCAACCCCAUCGUCCGGCGGGGGCUGGCCGACUUCGCCGCCGCCGCCAAAGAUGCCGGUGUAGACGGUCUGAUAGUCCCCGACCUCCCUUAUGCUGCCACGUGUGCCCUCAGGAGUGAAGCCAUGAAAACGAACAAGAGCUGGUAG